AUGGCUUCACGUUACGCAAAAAGAUUACAAAAAGAAUUAUUAGAUUUAAAGAGUAAUCCACCUUUUGGUGUUUCAGUAAUGGAGGGUGAAAAUUUAGAUAAAUGGGUUAUUGCAAUUUUUGGAGCACAAGAUUCAAUUUAUGAAGGUGAAAUUUUUAAUUUACAAUUUAAAUUCUCUCCAGGUUAUCCUUUAGAAUCACCUGAAGUUAUUUUUAUUGGUCCACCACCAAUCCAUCCACAUAUUUAUAGUAAUGGUCAUAUUUGUUUAUCAAUUUUAUAUGAUAAUUGGAGUCCAGCAUUAACAGUUUCAUCAGUUUGUUUAAGUAUUCUCAGUAUGUUAAGUAGUUGCACAGAAAAAACACGUCCAAUAGAUGAUUUAAAAUAUGUUUCAAGAGUACAAGGAAAAUCACCAAAAGAUGUUCGUUGGUCAUUCCAUGAUGAUUCAGUUUAA